GUCACCUGUGCGGGGACGCAGGUAAGCAGCUCCAGCAGCGGAGCCCCACCGCCGCGGCCAUGGCAGACUCUCAGCUCAUGUGCAUGGAGGACGGCCACAUCGGGCCGAAGGUCCCGGAGAGCCGCCCGGAGUUCUACUACAGCGAGGAGCAGCGCGCGGCCGUCGAGCAGCUGCUGCUGAAGGGAGACGGAGCCUUCAAGAUGCGCCUGAAAGACGACAACAUGAAGGACUUCCUGUCCGCGCGGGAGGUCAAGCUCCUGGUCAGCACGUUCAAGAGGUACGACCCGGACGGGGAGGACGGCGGCGGCAGAGCGCGUUCCCCCGGGUCGGAGGAGGAGGAGGAGGAGGAGAAGGAGAAGGGGAAGGCGGCGGAGGGGGACGCCGACUCCGGGAUCCCCUCCACCUACUGGCCCCAGAUGUCCGACACCGAGGUGCCGCCGCUGGACAUCGGCUGGCCCAGCGGCUCCGUGUUCAAGGGGGUGACCCGGGUGGCCGUGCACACCCACCCGCCCAAAGACAACGGGCCGCACAUCAAGGAGGUGGUCCGGAAACUCAUCCAGGAGGCCGCCAAGGUUAUCGCCAUAGUGAUGGACCUGCUCACGGACGUCCACAUCCUGCAGGACCUGAUGGAUGCGUCUUGGCGACGUUCCGUCCCCGUUUACAUCUUGUUGGACGAACAAGGCAUGCCGCACUUCCUGGACAUGUGCUCCAGGUUGGAGAUCGGUGCAAAACACCUUCGGAACAUGCGAGCCAGAACUCUUCAGGGAGUGGGCUUCGGUUUGUGCGCCGGACGGCUGCCUGGAGCAGUCUGCCACAAAUACAUGCUGAUCGAUGGAGACAAAGUCAUGUUUGGCUCCUACAGCUUCUCCUGGUGCACGUCUCGUAUGGACCGUAACAUGGUCACUGUGAUGACGGGGCAGGUGGUCGACUUCUUUGACCAGGACUUCCGGGAGCUGUACGCCGUCUCCCAGAAGCUCAACCUCUACAAGGAGUUCCACGUCAGUCCACCGGCGGCUCAGAAGAUGGACGCCGCUCGCUCCAGGACGGCGUCCAAACGGCCGCCGCUGCCGGCCACCACCUCCCGCUUCCAGGUCACCUUGGGAGAUUCAAAGAACGUCGACAUUCAGGUGCCCGCGCACAAAUUCUACAACCCCAAGUACGCCUUAGCGUUUGGAGAAGCACUGCGUCCCACAGGGUCCCUGCAGGAGCCGGGACCCACGAGGAUCGCGGCCAUCACUGACCUGCUGGAGGUAGAAAAGCAGGGGCAGCGGUUUGCCAACAGCGAGAAGGUGGACAGACUGACGCCGCUGCCCGCGGAAGCCCCCAGCGAUAUCGUCAGGACGCCCAACGGCUUCCGAACGGACAAAAAGGAACGCUUUUCGUUCAGGCAGAUCUUCCGGAAUAGAUCCCGUAAGCUUUCUAGAAGCAACUCGGGAACUCCAACUCCAGAGACCAGCCAGACUGAUGAGAACCAGGACAGAAUCGGGGACCGUCCGCCCAAAGCCAAUAAGAAGCAGUCGAUCCGCAAGGCAACGUCUGAGCUGACUGUGAGCCCUGAGCAAGACAAGGAGGGUGGUAAAAGUCAGCGCAAAGACAAGCAGGCCUGCAAAGUGUCCUGAGCGGAGCCGGAACGGAGCCACGAUCCUCCAAACGGGUUAAUAAAAGACAACAGAGUUUACUAAAGAGACCAGAUGAAUGUGGUUCAUCAGCGUUAUUGAUGUGGACAAAGGGAAAGACGAGAAUCCUGGGAUAUUUGGAAUCUGAUUUCCUACCAGCUUGUUUUUCCAGCUGUCAGCUCUUUCCUGCAGUUCUGAAUGUGAAAUCUGUGGCUGUAAAAAGAACGGUGGUGAAUUUACCAAUCUGAAAUAUUCCGAUUGUGCCUUUCUGUCACGUGUUGCUUUUUACCACGCCUUGAUUCGUCUUUACUUUUGCUUUCUCCUUCUCAAUAAACAGGAUCUUCCAGAGUUUUUACAGAGAAUUGAUGUGAUCAUUAAGAACAUGAGAAGUCAUCCUCUUUUGUUCCUCGGGGCGUCUCCCACCUUUUAAUGCAGGUCAUUACGCUCUGUUUCAUAAUGCUGUAAUUCGUCUGUGUUGUCACUUCUUGCCUGAUGCACGAGUAAAAAUGUGGGAUUGUUUGCUCUCGCAUGUGUUUUCUGGAAAUGUUUGAAUGUUCACUCGGCUUCCACUCGAGUGCUGUCCACGUGAGAAGCCCUGCCUUAAAUUCCUCCUCCUCAAAUAAAAAAACCUAUUUCUGGUUUAAAUGCUGCA